GCCUUCUUCUCUUAUUCUCUUGAUCGAAGAAGAAGAAGAAGAAGAAAGCAUGACGCCGGGGGAGAUGUGGGCGGGAUUUGGAUCGGCCAUGGCGGGCAUACUGUUCCUCACGUUUCAGCAGCACUUCCCUCACCAGCUUCGAACUUUCAUUGAGAGAUACUACCAUCGCUUCCUCAACUUUUUGUACCCUUACGUCCGAAUUACCUUCCACGAGUACAACGGUGACAGUUUCAAGCGCAGCGAGGUCUUCACAACUAUCCAGUCUUAUCUCAUCUCCAAUUGUUCCAAAGGUGCUAAGCGCCUCAAGGCCGAUGUCGGCAAGGAAGACAAAAAUAUCGUCCUCAGCAUGGACGAUAACGAGGAGAUCACCGAUGACUUCCAUGGCGUCAAGCUCUGGUGGUCUUCCAACAAAAUCGUUCCCAAGACUCAGUACAUCUCUUUCUAUCCCGCCUCCGACGACCGGCGUUCCUACACUCUCACCUUCCAUAAGCGUCACCGGGAGCUUAUCAACGGCUCCUACUUGAAGUACGUCAUCGACCAAGGCAAGGUCAUCGCCGUGCAAAACCGGCAGCGCAAGCUUUUCACCAACAACCCCAGCAGCAAUUGGCAUGGUUACAGGAGUAAGGUGUGGAGUCACGUAGUGUUCGAGCACCCGGCGACGUUUCAAACGCUGGCCAUGGAUCCCGACAAGAAGCAAGAGAUCAUCGAUGACCUCAGUACUUUCAGAAAAGGCAAAGAGUACUACGCGAAGAUUGGCAAGGCAUGGAAGCGAGGCUAUCUACUCUAUGGUCCUCCCGGAACUGGUAAGUCUACCAUGAUCGCCGCCAUGGCCAAUCACCUGGAUUACGAUGUCUAUGACGUCGAAUUAACGACCCUGAAGAACAACACGGAGCUGAGGAAGCUGUUGAUCGAGACGUCCAGCAGGUCGAUCAUCGUGAUCGAGGACAUCGACUGUUCGCUUGAUCUUACGGGACAGAGGAAGAAGGAGAAGAAGGAAGAGGAGGAAGACAAGGAGGCACACCCAGUGAAGGCUGCUCGAGACCAGGCCAAGGAUGAAGGUAGCAAAGUUACCCUCUCCGGGCUUUUGAAUUUUAUCGACGGGCUAUGGUCGGCCUGCGGCAGCGAGAGGCUCGUUGUUUUCACCACAAACCACAUCGAAAAACUAGACCCUGCUCUCAUCCGAAGAGGUCGGAUGGACAAGCACAUCGAAUUGUCCUACUGUACCUUUGAAGCUUUCAAGGUUCUGGCCAAGAAUUAUCUCAACCUCGACUCUCACGAAUUGUUCGAGAAGAUUGGCCGUCUGAUGGAGGAAACGAAAAUUACCCCUGCUGAUGUUGCCGAGAAUUUGAUGCCUAAAACUCUAAAUGGAAAUGCUGAGAGCUGCCUGGAGAAUCUGAUCAAAGCACUGGAGACGGCGAAGGAGGAAGCCAUCUUGAAGGCGGAAGAAGAAGCCAAAGAGAAGGCGGAGGCAUUGGCCAAGGGAGAUGGGUCAUCAACUUCCAAGGAAGGAGGGAAGGAGGAUGAAUCGUCAACCAAAACUGAACAGAAAAAGACCGAGUCAAGCUGCCUGGAUAAUUUGAUCAAAGUACUGGAGACGGCGAAGGAGGAAGCUAGCAAGUUGAAGGCAGAAGAAAAAGGCAAAGAGAAGGCAGAGGAAGAUGGGAAAAGAAAAGAGAACGCUCCGGCUCCGGCUCCGGCUUCGGCUUCAGCUUCCAAGCAAGGAGAGGAGGGCGAAUCGUCACCCAAAACAGAACAGAAAGAGACUCAGUAAGCAGUUUGAAAGACGAUUUGGAAUAAGAUGGAUUAUAAAAUCGAAAUGGAGUCCAUAUAAAAUCUGGCUGUGGUUUUUCUGUAUUGUUGUGAUUUGCAGAUAAAACUUAAUUGUAGGGUAGGCCGUAAGAUUACACCAACUUUGAGUUCAUUAAGUUCGGAUGUAUUUUCCUGUCUGCAUAUUUAUAUAUCAUCAUUUGAGGUCAAAGAUCUAUUUA